GGAGCUGAAAAACGGGGAGACGUACAACGGGCACCUGGUGAGCUGCGACAACUGGAUGAACAUCAACCUGCGGGAGGUCAUCUGCACGUCCCGGGAUGGAGACAAGUUCUGGAGAAUGCCAGAGUGCUACAUUCGUGGCAGCACAAUUAAAUACCUGCGUAUCCCCGAUGAAAUAAUUGACAUGGUGAAAGAAGAGGUGGUGUCCAAGGGCAGAGGCCGUGGUGGGAUGCAACAGCAGAAGCAACAGAAGGGCCGUGGUGUUGGAGGUGCUGGACGAGGUGUGUUUGGUGGCCGUGGCCGAGGAAUACCAGGCAGUGGAAGAGGCCAGCAGGAAAAAAAGCCAGGCAGACAAUCAGCAAAGCAAUGAGAGGCUGUCUGCACCC